AUGGGACACUAUUUUGUCUCUCCGAUCCCGACCCCGACCUCGCCCACAUCCAGCCUGCCCCCGCUCGCCCGCCUCGAGCAUUGUUCGCCCGAGCAGGUCACCCAAGCGCUUCAGAACCUCCGCUCGAUCUACUUGGAACGACCCCCAAUUAUUGAGUCCGCUGCACUCCCAGAAAAGCAUCUUCCGAAGCACGUUAUACACGACACUUCCGUGCCCGACUCCGGAUACGCUUCUGCCGAAGAAGACGAGGACGAACUGGUGGAGGAUGAAUGCGAGGGACACGCAGACGAGUUCGAUGUCGAUGUUCUCCGGUCGGAUUCCUUUGAGCGCGAUUUUGUGAUUCGCUGGCUCACAGGAUUCGCCGCGCGCUCCGACGUCUGGGUCGCGUCCGGUGCCGACUCCGCUGACUCAGACGCGCGCAUGGAACUCGUAGACGCAGCUGCGUCUCUCCUGGCGUUCUUCACUGGUAAGGACGACGAAGAAGAAGAGCCGAUUACGCGUAUCUUCGCGUUUCCCGGCGCGCACCCGGUUGAGGUGGAACUGAACGACGCGCCGCUGCUGAGCACAGACCACACCUCUGUGGGGUUGCAGAGCUGGGCUAGCGCCAUCGUCCUUUCCGAGCGCAUCUGCGCGGACCCAAAAGCAUUCUCUCUGUCCUGCUCUGCCGCCAAUCCUUUGCGCGUCCUCGAACUCGGCGCAGGCACGGGUUUGCUGAGUAUCGUUGCCGCAAAGGUCUUCCAGCAGCAGCAGCAGCAGCACCCUCACGUACACCCAGCGACGGUGCUCGCGACGGACUUCCACCAGUCAGUCCUAGCGAAUCUGCAAACGAACAUCGACGCCAACUUCCCCUGCCCUCCGUCCUCCUCGCUGCUGUCCCCACCGUGUAUCUCCCUACAGGCACUGGACUGGCAGUUCCCCGUAUACGAGGACGCGCUCGCGUCCCCAUUUGACGUCAUCCUCGCAGCGGACGUCGUGUACCACCCGCACCACCCGCAGUGGAUCCGCGCGUGCGUACAGCGUCUCCUUGCACCCAAGGGCGUAUUUUGGCUCAUUAUCGCACUCCGCCCAACGGGUCGGCACGAAGGCAUGAGCGACACCGUUACGGAGGUGUUCCCGCUUGCAAGUACCGGUUCUUUUAAGCAUGAGGGCGGUGGGGGUAAUUUGAAGUUGGCUAUUUUACAGAUGGAGAGGUUGGGCCGGCAUGAGUCGAUGGGGAGGGCGGACGAGAGUGGAUAUAUAUUAUACAAGGUCGGAUGGGUGUCGUGCUAA